AAAAAAAAGAUGUGCCACCCCCCCGCAAUACGUAGCCAUCUUAUAUAUGGAGAUAUAACACGAGGCCGUUAUAUAUCAUCCCUUUAUAUGGUGGGACCCCGGGCGACUCCACCUGUUCGCACACACGAGCCGAGCCGGGCGGGAUUUAAACACAUUAAUUAUCGACAACAUCAAUCAAUCAGAUAUCAAUCCGUCAAUCAACCACCAAAACCGCUGAACCCCCACCAGGACACCCCGCACUGACUGGUGUCGUCACUGAUAUCCGCAUCGAUGGUCUGGCUGUGACAAUCUGCUUGAUUUGCUGCGUAUCAUCAACGUGUGGAAGAGGAUCUGAGUAGACGUCGGCCGCGCCACCAGCGUCGUCCGUCACCAUGUUUGCAGGCGUUGGGCUCCUAGGUAAGCAAAUAUCAAGU